AAAUUAACUGAAAACAUGCCCAGAAGACCAAGAAAGAAGGAACUGGUGAAUAUUGAUAACUAUGACUCUGAUGAUGAGAGGAAAUAUUCCAGGGAAGCCGUUCCAGACCCCACCCAGGACGAUUAUUUCCUUGACAAAGUGGAUAAAAGCCAUGCUGAAAAAGAAAAAAUACUACUGGAGAAAGGACUAAAAGAUGACGAGCAAUAUUCAUCAGACAGUGACGAGGAAGUUCUUGGCCUUGGGCUGUAUGAUGAGGAGGAGGAUGAUUUGCUUAGUGAUGAUGAUAUUCAAAACUACAAGAAACAACUGAGGAAACUCAAAUUACACAAAAUAAAAAAUGAAAGGGACAGAGAUAGUGAGGGUGUAGGAAAAGAUCUCCCAGAUCUGAAGGCAUGGGGCAAGAAGAGGUCUAAGUACUAUGGGGCAGAUAUAAGUGAUGAUGACAUAGACCUGAGUGGCGAAGAAGAGGAAGAAGGAGCAGCAGUGCUAGAAGAGAGGGAGGCCAUGAACUUGCAGAAAAAAAUGGCAGCUGAGUUAGAACUUGCAGACUUUCAUUUAGGUAUGUUUGAGAAGAAAAAGAAUGUUACUAAUGAGGAUGUUAGUACUGGGAAGAUCAGCAAGGAAUUGUCUGAACUCUCUGCUGAAGAAAAAUUACAACUGUUGAAGAAAAAAUCUCCAGAAAUGUUACCUCUUAUAAAAGAUUUUGAAUCAAUGAUAAAACGAGCUAAAGACGAGUUUCUUCCUCUAUCAAAACUCACAGAAGAUGGCAAAAUCUCAAGAAAUGCAUCGGAUUACAUACAGUGUCAACUUCAACUUAUUCUCAACUACUGCACAACUAUUAGUUUCUACAUGAUGCUGAAGGCAAAACAUUUACCAGUUCAGAACCAUCCAGUCAUUAAAAGACUUGUGCAGUACCAAAAUUUGAUGAAGCAGAUGAAGCCAGCAGAUGUUAAGUUAAAUGCUGAGAUAGAAGAAAUUCUUAACAAAGUAAGAAAUGGAGAGGAGAUUAUCCUAGAAAAUAAGUCCCAACAACCUUCCACAUUUAUCAGGCCAAGAAGAAGGAGUAUGAAGACUGUGAGGGAGAAGGCGAUGGAGAGGAAGACGUCUGAGAUGGUCUCUAGAUCUGAUGAAAGUGAAGAAGAGGAAGAGGAUGUUCCCACCAAAAGACAAAAGAUACAAAAUCCACGCUAUGAGACAGAAGAUGAAAAAGCAGCUUUAGCCCAUUAUGAAAUGAUGAAAAUGAGGCAAAAUUCUGAUUCCGAGAAUGAAGAGGGAGAAGUACGGGAGGAUGAUAAAGAAGGAAAAUAUGAAGACGAUGAAGAUGGAGGGAAGAGAGCCAUUACUUACCAGAUCGAGAAAAACAAGGGCUUGACACCUAGCAAGAAAAAGGAGCUGAAAAACCCAAGGGUCAAGCAUCGAAUGAAAUAUCGCAAAGCUAAAAUUAGGAGGAGGGGCCAGGUACGAGAUGUUAGGACAGAGUCAUCCCGUUACAGUGGAGAAAUAUCGGGAAUUAGAUCCGGGAUCAAAAGAGGGAUUAAAAUGAAAGUGUAGACUUACAAUAAAAUGUGCAUAUAUAUUUUCCUUUGAUCAUGCAUACAUUCAUAUACGUUUGUGUGGGUUACUUUCUAGCAUCCUUCAAGAAGGAAGUUUGAAGUUAAAUUCCUGAAAGUUUCAAAUAAUACAUGUACAUUUAUAAACAUGAUAAAGGGAUAAAGCUUUUUGAAUUAUAAUAA